AUGGAAGAAGACAUUUUUACUUGGUUGCUAGAGGAGUUCAAAGUACACCCGAAGUUUGUUGAGUCUCUGUAUUACUUUUUGGGCAAUUUCUCGACCUUUGUGACUUAUUCAAAGGCAGAUGAAUCUCCUGAAUCAUUUCAUAUUGUUGUCAAGGUCUUCCCGGCCGGGCAUCUUGAAGGCGCAUUUUACAUCCGCUAUGAUUUCAAGACCAGGAAGGCGCUUGUGAUAAUUGCUGGCAACGACUUAUCCGGUCACAUUGAGUAUCAGAUAGAGCAGCUGUCUAGGCUUCGAGAAGACUGGCAUCCUUUUGGAAUGGCCUUCUGCAUUAUCUCACGUUAUUACUUCUAUCUAGAAUGGCAACGCGGACAGCUUGAUCAUUCUGUAAUCAUGAUGGAACGAGUAACCGGCCGCGGUGCUAUUGCAUAUUUGGAGGCUAAUGUGACUCAACCGGACAAUCCGGAUAGUUUCAAUUUGCGGAACAUGCAUUGGAUUGGGGGCAACCAGAGAAAUAUGAUAUACGCGAUGGAGUUUCAGAUCCGGCUUACCACCUUCAUCUACGAGGCUCACAUCCAGUUUGUGACUCUAAGUCUUGGAAGGAGUGAACAUCCUCCAUUAUCACAUCAAGAUCUACCGAUACAAGACAGGAGCCUCCAGGAAGCUUUUAAAGCCCAUAUAGUUUCAUGCAAGGGGGUUUUUGAAGACAGUCGGGUCAUUGGAGAAAGAGCCCAGUCUCAACUUAAUGCUGCCGACAGUAUUAUAAAUACUCUGAUUGCGAAACAGUCUCAACGUAUUGCGGAUGAGUCCAAAACCAUUGCAGUUGAAACUCGCCGAGAUAGUACAUCGAUGAAAACAAUCGCUGGCUUAACCAUGGUCUAUCUGCCCAGCACCUUCAUCGCCACCAUCUUCAGCACGGGUUUCUUUCGCUUCACGAGCGAUUCUUCGUCAGCUCAACUUGUCGUUAAUAACAAUAUCUGGAAGUUCAUAUGCAUUUGCCUCUUGUUUACCAUAAUUACCGUUGUUGUUUGGGUAUACCUAAACCGUUACGGCGUUCCUAAGCUCAUUCGCCACAAGGAGGACGGAAAGAAGGCCACAGACCUUCAGGUUGAACCACCUGUGAUAUUGCUCGAUUUGCCACAAAUACCGGGGCAUCGAGCAAGGAGAUUAUUAGAGGCCGUAUACAGUGAUGAUAACAGCAAAAAUCAAGUAGAUAAAGCACCAGAUAGGGAAGCAGCAGAUUCGAGCCGUGCGGCCGAACAAAACCUAGAGGAAGGCACCAAGAUGAUGGGCGGAGAAAUAGUGUAG